UCAAAUGUCAUUUUGACAUUUGACAUUGGGAAUAAAAUACAAUACAAAUAGGGAAACAAAACAAAUAUGAGUUAAUUCUUGUGGUUUAUCGACUAAUAAAUGCUCAAUUUAACCAUAAUUAAACACGAGUUCAAACCAUGAUAUUACUUAGAUAUUCUGUGUAUUUAUUUUAGUUAACAUUAGUGUUUUUACAUGUGGAAAAUUGUGGGGCAAGAUGUGGAAAUUUACUUAUUAGUGAGUGGAGUUGUAUUGUUCGUUGCGAAAUAUUUUGGUAAUUAUUAGUUCGCGAUGUCAGGUUUUACACCUUUCUAUGUAGACCGAGCUAAAGGAGGUAGGGCAUCAUGUAAAUUAUGUAAAAUAAAUUGCCCCAGUGGCGAAUUACGCUUGGCCAAAGUAGUGGCAAGUCCAUAUGGGGAGAAUCAACAAAUGAAAUCAUGGUAUCAUGUUUCCUGCUUCAUGAACAUGCUCUUGAAACAACGGCCAGCUACAAAACGCAUAGAUUCUAUUGACGACAUUGGCAAUUGGGACACUUUGAGCAAAGAUGAUCAAGAAACUCUCAUAAAGGAAAUAAAUUCAAUGGAAAAGUUGUAUGCUGAGAAAAAUAGUGGCAAAUAUACAGCUAAGGUAAUACAAAAUGAACAUAUAGUAAUUACAAACAGUGAUAGCAUCGACAAAAAAGAUUCAAAAGAAAAAGAUAACAUAAUAAAUACUGAUGACAAUAAAUUUUCAACAUUCUGUACUAUAUGCAAAAACAUUUCAAAAGUUGAUGCAUAUACAGACAAAACAGCUAUUGUUAAUACUUUCUUUCGUAAAGGUACAGAUGGCGAAUCAUUUAAGGGAGAUCUAGGUAUGUGGUGUAAAUUACUGCUGCCACAAAUAUCUAAGCGUGUUUACAAUCUCAAAAGCAAACAAUUGAUCAAAUUAUUUUCAAAAAUUUUUGGCACAGACCACGAUGACAUGCUAACUGAUUUAGAACAAGGCGAUGUUGCUAAAACAAUUAAAACAUUCUUUUUAAAGUCCAAGUAUGUACAACCAAGCUCUGAAAGUAUAUUAACAGUGCAUGAUGUGGACAAUUUUUUAGAAGGUCUUUCUAAGUUUACAAGAGAAGAAGAACAAAUUCAUCACUUCAAGAAGAUUGUGAAUAAAUGCACUGAAAAUGAUAUUAUGAUGUUGAUGCGGCUGAUAAAAGGUGACCUGCGAAUUAAUGCAGGGCCAAAACAUAUACUAGAAGGUGUCCACCCUGAUGCUUACAAUGUUUAUCAAACAUCUCGAGAUUUAGAUAUUAUAUUAGACAGGGUUUUAAGCAAGGGCACAGGAGUGAAACAUAAAGAUGCAACAAGUGAUAGUUUUUUGGCUAAAAUAGUUUUGAUGACUCCUGUACGCCCGAUGUUGGCUGAGGCAUGCAAAUCUGUAGAAAUGGCCAUGAAGAAAUGUCCAAAUGGAAUGUUUUCUGAAAUAAAGUAUGACGGUGAAAGAGUCCAGGUGCAUAAAAAAGGUGAUCAUUUCAGAUAUUUCUCUCGCGCUUUAAAACCUGUAAUGCCUCAUAAAAUCAGUCAUUUUCGUGAUUAUUUGCCAAAAGCUUUCCCUGAAGCUGUGGAUUUGAUAUUAGAUGCAGAAGUCUUGAUGGUUGAUGUGAAUACAGGGAAACCUUUACCGUUUGGUACGUUAGGUGUUCAUAAGCAAUCUGAGUUCAAAGAUGCACAGGUCUGUCUGUUUGUGUUUGAUAUUUUGUAUUACAAUGGUAAAGUAUUGCUUGAUAUUCCAAUAAGAAAAAGAAGGGAAUUACUGGAGGACCAUAUGAGUGAGGUCAAGAAUCACGUGAUGCUUUCAGAGCAGAAAUUAAUAAGGAAGCCAGCAGAUUUGGCUAAGAUGAUUGCUGAGGUGUUGCAAUUAGGACUGGAGGGCUUAGUUCUCAAAGACCUGGAGUCUCCGUACGAGCCUGGCAAGAGACAUUGGCUUAAGGUGAAGAAAGACUAUCUGUUUGACGGUGCCAUGGCUGAUACGGCCGAUCUUGUAGUCCUUGGCGCUUGGUUUGGUACGGGCAAAAAAGGCGGUAUGAUGUCAGUAUUCCUGAUGGGUUGUUACGACGCUCGUCGAAAGAAAUGGCUGACAGUAACCAAAGUCCACACCGGACAUGACGACAACACGUUGGACAGGCUGCAAAAGGAGUUAUCACCGUUGAUGGAGAAGAUUUCCCAAGAUUACAACAGGUUGCCGCAGUGGUUGGAAUGUAAUAAGGGUAUGGUGCCAGAUUUUGUGGCUAAGGAUCCGAAGAAGCAGCCUGUAUGGGAAAUAACAGGUACGGAAAUAACGAAAGCAAACAUACACACUGCUGGGGGUAUAUCGGUUCGAUUCCCGAGAGUGACGCGAAUACGGGACGACAAAAACUGGGAAACCGCAACCAAUUUUGAAGAGCUCCAAAAACUUUUCAAGACGUCGAAAGAAAAAACUGAUGUUUCACUAUUGAAUAAACUGGCAGGUGAUUCCAACGAACCGGCUAACGAGAAGAAAAAUGCUAAAGGAAAAAUAGAUAAAAUGUUUAAAAAGAUUGCAGAAAAAUCUAAAAAUGAUAUCGAUGAAACCAGUUCUUCUGACCAAAGCAAUGUUAGUGUUGAUGACAUUGAUGCAAUGGAAUCGAAAGUAAGCCCAUCAGUAUCUAAAAAGCGUAAAAUAGAUAAUGCUAAAACAGAAACACCGAAGAAAAAAAGAAAAGAAUCUAAUCGAAGCCCAAAAAAAAUAGACAGCAUUCUUAAAAAGAGUGAGUCAGAUGAAGAAGACAGUGAAGUGAAAAUAGAAACUGAGCCAAAAAAAAGAGUAAGAAUACAGUGCUAUCCAAACAAUCCUCUACCUGAACCUUUCAAAAAUAUAAGCAUCGGAUUUUUCCCUGACUUUAUAAGUUUCCCAGAAGAAGAAAGAAACCAUUUUGAGAGACAUUGGAUUGCAUAUGGCGGAUCUGUGGAUAAAUCUGUACGAUGUAUGGACGUUGAUUUUGUUGUUCAUAUUAAUGAUGUUAUAAAAUUUAAGAAAAUGCAGAAGUUGAGGAACAGAGUGCCAGAUUCUGUUAGACACGUCAGCAAGGAUUGGUUGCAGAAGUGUAUUGAUAAUGUUAAAUUAUGUAGUCCUGAUUUUUAUCCGGUUUUUAUUGAGCCGUGAUCACGGUAAUUGCUUAUUUAUCAGUGUGUUUCUUUUGGGUAACUAAUAUACAAGAAUAAUACUUAUUGAAAAAUUUGUAUACCAAAUACAGUGUUUACGUCGGGCAUUUUGGACGUAAAUUGAGCGUAAAUGCAUUGCUGAUUUUGAUACGACAAGAAGCAGUUUUACGCGCCAUGCUCGGCAGAAAUCAUCUUACGGCAAUUUUGAUUCGAGUUUUAAAAGAAUAGAGGAAGGUGUAUAUGUUUAUUUGUUUAACUUGUAUAAUAUUGUACCCAUACGAAACCGGAGCGGGUCGCUAGUGACAUAUAAAAUGCACAAGACUAACCUUGAUUGUAAAUGAAAAUGCUUCUGUUUUUGAAUUGUAAUUAUUCAUUGUUAAUAGUAAUAAAAAGAUGAAAUUAUCUUAUAUUUUACCAGUAAAUUUCAAUUGUUGAAAGCAGGUAAUUUUAAUUUUAAAUGUAGUUUAAAUCAGAACAAGCAAGUCAAAUAAAACCACAAGUGUUUAUGAGCAAGCCGGUUUUAUUUUUAUAUUUAUAUAUGUAACCCACAUGAAUUUACUUAAAAAUGUGUGAAAAUAGUUACAUCAAAAACUACUCGAAUAAAAUUUGAUUUAACUUUUUAAA